ACGGGGAUGGCAGUGAAUGUAUAUUCAACAUCAGUCACCAGCGAUAACCUCAGUCGACAUGACAUGCUGGCCUGUAUCAAUGAGUCACUGCAGUUGAAUCUGACAAAGAUCAAACAGUUGUGCUCAGGGGCUGCAUAUUGUCAGUUUAUGGACAUGCUGUUCCCUGGCUCCAUUGCCUUGAAGAAAGUGAAAUUCCAAGCUAAGCUAGAACAUGAAUACAUCCAGAACUUCAAAAUACUGCAAGCAGGUUUUAAGAGAAUGGGUGUUGACAAAAUAAUUCCUGUGGACAAAUUAGUAAAAGGAAAGUUUCAGGACAAUUUUGAAUUUGUUCAGUCGUUCAAGAAGUUUUUUGAUGCAAACUAUGAUGGAAAAGAUGACCCUAUAGCUGCCAGACAAGGUCAAGAAACCUCAGUGGCCCCCUCCCUUGUUGCUCCAGCUCUGAACAAACUGAAGAAACCUCUCAGCUCUAGCAGUGCAGCUCCACAGAGGCCCAUUGCAACACACAGAACUACUGCAACCCCUAAGGCUGGUCCAGGUGUGGUGCGAAAGAAUACUGGUGUGGGCAACAGAGAUGAUGAAGCAGCUGAACUCAUGCAGCAGGUCAACGUAUUGAAACUCACCAUGGAAGACUUGCAGAAAGAAAGAGAUUUCUACUUUGGAAAGCUAAGGAACAUCUAAUUGAUUUGCCAGGAGAAUGAGGGGGAAAACAACCCUGUGUUGCAGAGCAUUGUGGACAUUCUCCACGCCACAGAUGAAGGCUUUGUGAUACCAGAUGAAGGGGGACCACAGGAGGAACAAGAAGAGUAUUAACAGCCUGGACCAGCAGAGCAGCAUCUGAAUUCUUCACUCCAAAUCAUGUGCUUAACUGUAAAAUACUCCCUCCUAUUAUUUUUAGAGGACUUACUGGUUUCUUUUUCAUA